GAUCAAUUAUGGACAAUAUAAAAGGGAGAUCAUUGCGCUGUGGUGGCUGUUGCGAUUAACUGAACGUGGUCGCCCGCCUCAUUUCACCUUUCGGCGGCUCCAAUGUGACUGCAAAAUGAUGGAGGUCACUAAUGAUGGGAAAUAACAAAUGUAGUUAUAUUGAGAAGUUUAGAGUUGUUUGAUUGGCUGACAGAACAUUCAGCCAUGUCCUGAUUGGUGGUCAAGAUGUCAUUCAGCUGUAGCCGCGCCCCCCUGACACAUCUGUAGUUAGUUGUUGAGCCUCCUGCUGAUGAUUGUACAUGACGCGUCGCUGUGGAAGGAGAGAGGAGCACUUAUCUUGCUUUUUAAAUGGUUUUUUUUCCAAUCAUUUUUCAGACUGCCGAGCAGCUAUACAGGAUUUAAGCAGAACCUGGCAAAAUUAACAGUAGCAACACGGUCUGUCAGGUUUUAAAAGACUGCUUGUUUGGGGAAAGUUUGAAACCCAGGCAAAGUUCGGCGGAAAGCAGUCAGCAUGUCGGGGAUGUGUUGCGCUGUGUAAACCAGUUUGACCAGCUUUGCAGGACGUUUCGUCGGCCGCUGUGAUUGAAUUCCAGGUAAACCGAGGUUUCUCAGCUCCUCCGAAGUGACAGUCGUUAGCCAACAAUGGCAGGUCUGAGCAAUGUCCACAUGAAAACCCUAGAGGACCUGACGCUAGACUCGGGCUACGGGGCGGAGGACUCCUGCAAGUCCCUCAGCCUGUCCUCCUCCAAGUCAAAUUCCCUGGCCUUCAUGACGAACCCUCACAGGGGGAACUGGUGGUAUUACUCUGGCUCUAUGAACAGUAGGAACAACAGCUGGGACACCGUCAACACUGUCCUCCCCGAAGACCCGGAGGACAUCUUCUCCAAGUGCCACCGCUUACCUGAGCUGGAGGAGUUCCCUUGGACCGAGGAGGAGGUGGCUAGGAUACUGCACAAAGUGGCCGAAAGUGGUGGGAGUACUAAGUGGGGCUCUGCAUCUGUGUUCUCCCAGGAAGCGGUGAAGCGUCUGUCCGGUCUCCUCCGCAGGGCUCUCAUCCGCAUCUCCAGAGAGGCCCAGCGGCUCAGCGUCAUGCACUGCCGAUGCACGCGUUUUGAGGUUCAAAGCGCCAUGAGGCUGGUGCUCAGCUGGGCCCUGGCGGACCACUGCGUCUCUGCCACCGUCAAGGCCAUCUCGAUGUACUGCAUGAGCGCAGGUGAGCUGCUGAGGAAGGGCAAGUCUGCCCGCUGCGGCCUCUCUCUCUCCGUGGGGCGAUUCUUCCGCUGGAUGGUGGACACUCGCAUCUCCGUGCGCAUCCACGAGUACGCGGCAAUCAGCCUGACUGCUUGCAUGGAGGCUCUGGUGGAGGAGAUAGGGGUCCGGGUGCUAAUGGCCGAAAGGGGUCAUUCGGGGCCGGAUUCGGGGUCAGGAUGCGCGCCAAUGAGUGCCGAGACCCUGGAGGCGGUUGUGAACAAUGAUGCCGAGCUGUGGGGAGUCCUGCAACAUUAUGAGCACCUGAUCUGCGGAAAGAACGCCAAUGGUGUUUUAUCGCUCCCAGCCCAUUUCAGUCCCUACACAGAGAACCAACAGACAACGAUGGACAGCAGGGAGGACGCUUACGCCCAGCUGGAGCUGAGGACACUGGAACAGUCCCUGCUGGCCACCUGUGUGGGCAGCAUCUCAGAGCUCAGUGACUUGGUAUCCCGUGCCAUGCACCACAUGCAGCGUCUCAGCUCAAUGCGUCCAGGACAGAGCCCUGCCCGUCACGCUCGUGGCCAGCAGCCAGUGUCCUGGUCGCCUGACGCCCUCCACACCCUUUACUACUUCCUGCGCUGCCCGCAAAUGGAGUCCAUGGAGAAUCCCAACCUAGAUCCCCCACGCAUGGCUCUUAGCAAAGAGAGGCCAUUUAUGCUGUUGCCCCCUUUGAUGGAGUGGAUGAGAGUGGCCAUAGUUCAUGCCGAGCAUCGCAGGAGUCUGUUGGUGGACAGUGACGACGUCAGACAAACCGCCAGGCUUCUCCUUCCAGGACUCGACUGUGAGCCAAGACAACUGAAGCCGGAGUGCUGCUUUAGCUCCUUCAAGCGUCUGGACUCCAAAGCUGCCAUAGAUAAGUUUAACCUGGACUUGGGUUUUCGGAUGCUCAACUGUGGACGCACAGAUCUCAUUGGUCAGGCAAUUGAUCUGCUCAGGCCAGAUGGUGUCAACAGCAUGGACGACCAGGGUAUGACCCCUCUAAUGUAUGGCUGUGCAGCUGGUGAUGAGGCUCUUGUCCAGAUGCUGAUUGAUGCUGGAGCCAACCUUGAUGUGGCGGUUCCACUGUGUUCCCAAAAGCAUCCGUCUGUGCAUCCUGACAGUCGGCACUGGACAGCUCUCACCUUCGCAGUGUUGCAUGGACACAUCCCUGUAGUGCAGCUUCUGUUGGAUGCAGGAGCCAGUGUGGAGGGCACAGCAGUACGAAACGGACAGGAUGCCACAGCAGACUCUCCGUUACAGCUGGCGUCUGCAGCAGGUAACUAUGAGAUGGUGACUUUGCUCCUGGCACGUGGAGCUGACCCCUUAUCAAGGACCCAAGAUUCAUCCCUUUAUGAAGACAUGAACUGCUUCAGUCAUGCUGCUGCACAUGGACACAGGAAUGUGCUGAGAAAGCUACUGACUCAGCCCCAGCAAGCAAAAGAGGAUGUCCUGUCUUUGGAGGAGAUCCUAGCUGAGGGAGUGGAGGAUGAAGCUCCAGGGAUGUGCCCUUAUGUUCCAACUCCUUCCAAUGGCACUCCGGCACCACAGGAUGUGGGUACACCCAAGCUCUGCAAGGCCAGAAUGAAGGCUCUACAAGAAGCCAGCUACUACAGUGCUGAGCACAGCUAUCUUGAUGUCACCAUGGAGCUUCAUGCAAUGGGUGUACCAUGGAAACUACAUGUGUGGCUGGAAUCUCUUCGCUGUGCCCAUCAGCAGUCCAAGACAGGGGCCACCCUCUCUCUUCUCAGAGAGUUUACCACAGUCCGAGAAGAGGACUACUGCAAUGAACUCGUCACCACAGGCCUGCCCCUCAUGUUCACUAUCCUGCGAACCACCAAGAACGAUGCCAUUAUACAGCAGCUGGCAUCUAUUUUUAGUCAUUGUUUUGGCUCAGCACCACUUCCAGCCAUUGCUGAGAUGAAGGCAUCUCUUUCAGCUCAGUUGGAUCCACUCUUUUUGAACAACCCAGACAUGUCAGAUGUGACGUUUGUAGUGGAGGGAAAACCAUUUUAUGGACACAAAGUUCUUCUGAUAACUGCUUCUGACAAAUUCAAAUCUCUGCUGGCGUCCUCUGGAUCAAAUGGAAGCCCCAGCAAAGAAAUUGAGAUCAAUGAUGUCAAGUACCACAUUUUCCAGAUGAUGAUGUCUUACCUGUACUGUGGAGGAACGGAGUCACUUAAAAGAAAUGUGUCAGAUUUAUUAGAGCUCUUGUCAACUGCUAAUCAGUUCCAGCUGGGGGCGCUAAAAAGACAUUGUGAGCUCAUCUGCUCUCAGCACAUAAACCUCGAUAAUGCAGUCAGUAUCUACAAGACAGCAAAGGCAAAUGGUUCAGUAGACCUGAGCGCAUUUUGCGAAAGUUUCUUCUUGCAGCAGAUGCCGGCGCUUCUUGAAAAAGAGGGCUUCAGGACCCUGUUACUAGGAACCCACAGAGCUCGACAAGGAAACAACUGCACUUCUUCUAUGGCUCACAGCCGUGGUGACUCACCUCUGGAAGAGCUGGAGGCCAUCCUGGCUCAGCGUCUACGCUCCCUUUACAUUUCAUCUCAAGUCUGAAGAUACAUGAGCUGCUGCAGUGAAACAAGACACAAGUAACAUAAGUGUGUAAGAGUUGCAGAAGACUGUUUAAUGUAAAUACAGGUGGAUAGGUUCGGUAUGGGCUACAUUCCAGAGCAAGUUCAGCAAAACUCUUGACAGUGAGGGACAAAUCUGACUCAUUUGGCAGUUGUUGACUCCGAACUUAGUUGAUGCCAAGCACUCUAUAACGGCAUUUACUGUGAUGAAUAGUAGGUUUAUAAAAAGGAUCAUUUGUGGGGGUUUUUUUCCUCCAAGGCUCAGGAAGCCUUAAGAGGGGCAACUUUAAAUAAUGAAACACUGCUGCCAUCUAGUGGAAGACUAUUAAAAGAUUGCCUUAGAAGAUUGGGAUUAGCAACGCCCCCUGGAUUUUGACUGAAGCUAUGUAUAGUGAACAGAGUAAAGAUGCAGAGUGGGAGGAAAGGUCAGUCCCUUCUGCAGUGAUGUAAACGUUUCUAUUAAAAAAAAAACAAGUACUCUUAUAUUUGUUUUUAAACUGAAGUAUGACCCGAGAGACAUGGGAUGGACAUUUUCUAUUUAAUGAGAAAAAAAGAUGUGAAAGUAUUUAAUGGGGUGUCCCCUUUUUUAUUUCAUUUUUAAUGCAAGCUAAUUAAUAUUUUUAAAAUGCUUCAGCUUUUUUUGCAGGCAUACUAAUUGGUAAUAAAGCUUAUAUCUCAAUGUAGCCACAACAGAAGGAAUUGAGAAACAUGUCUAACUGAAUGCUGAUUGCCAGAAAUAAACCUGGUUUAAAGAAAAA